UUCCCUAUCUUCCCGUUUCUGUCUCUGUGCUUGUUUCCCUUUUCCUUUUCCUCUUUCUCCCCUUCCCUACUCUCCCCACACCCAUUAUGUCCACCCUGGCCCCUUCUCCACUUUCUCUUUCUCCUCAGGUUCUCCCCAUGACCUCAUCUGGAGUCCUGUGCCUUCUGGGGGCGCUGUGCCUCCAGGUGCUUUGUCUACAGCCACCAGGGGCUCAGGGGGCUCCUAAUCCUGAUAACUCCCACUCAUCUAGCCCAGCCCCACCACAGACAGCUCAGCAUCUCAGACAGAAGAACCUCAAAAGAGACACCCUCAAACCAGCUGCUCACCUUGUUGGAGAUCCCAGCAUCCGGGACUCUAUACAUUGGAGGGCAAGCACAGACCAUGCUUUCCUCCAACACGGCUUCUCUCUAAGCAACAACUCCCUGUUGGUCCCCACAAGCGGCCUCUACUUCGUUUACUCCCAGGUUGUCUUCUCAGGAGUCAGCUGUUCUGAGAUUACUCCCAGCCUACUCUACCUGAGUCAUGAGGUGUUUCUCUUCUCCUCCAAGGACCAGGGUCAUGUACCCCUCCUGAGUGCCCAAAAGUCUGUGUGCCCCGGGACCCAAGGACCCUGGAGAAGAUCAGUCUACCAAGGAGCUGUGUUCCUGCUCACCCAGGGAGAUCAGCUAUCUACACACACAGAUGGUGUCUCUCACCUGCUCCAGUCCCCUAGUAAUGUCUUUUUUGGGGCCUUUGCACUAUAGAGAAAUAGAAAAAUAAGGAGGAAAAUGGCUUCCCAGCCCACCAGCACGCCCUUUCCACCACUCCUACAGUUUCAAGGGUCCACACCGUCACUACCUGCUUCCACCAUUGCUUCAGUUCCUUUCAAGUGUUUCCCCUCUCUGCAGCCUCCAGAGAUGGAAUUCUGGGUGGUUUGAAGGCACCCCAGGAUGGAGGUUGAGGUGAGGGCAGCCACACACACCGCCACCCCUGAACCCCUGCCAGAUGCUGGACUGAGAAUUUCAAGUCUAACCAGAAAUACCCAGACAAAAGUGAUUUGGUUGGCUGGCUAAGUGGGGUUUAAGCUUGGCCAUGGAAGGGAAAAGGAAAGAAAGAUUGUGUGGGGUGGGUAUUGGGGUUGGUUGGGACAGGGAAUGGGGAAAAUUAUUUAUGAAUGGUGAUUAUUAAAUUAUUUAUUUAUAGAGAAGCUGAGAAUGGGAAGAGGGAGGAAGAUACAAAGGCGGAAAGAUAGCUCAGGAAGACAUAUCAGGUAGACACAGAGGCGAAAAAGUAGAAAAGGAAUGAGGGAGAGAGGGAGGUGAUUCAGGUGAGAAGGAGAAGGGCUUGUAAA